AUGGCCCCCGGCAUUCUGUCUCCUGCCCCUGGAUCCCCUCUUUUCUCCACCAUGCCCGGCUACUCCAGGCAGGUCUCCUCUAUCUCUGCAAUCUUUGACAGCGAUAGCAUUUCAAACAGCGACCGCCACUCUCGCAGAGAGUCUUUCGUCCCAAGGAAAUCCAAUGGACUGGGCAAUUCCAAUAUCACCAGCGUGGUCCAGUCCCUCCACCGUCGUAGUGGAGAUGAGUUGGGCAUCACUGCUUCCUCCAGGCUCUUGAACACUUCGCAUGCUUCAAUUAUUGAGUGGAUCCGUAGCGAGCGCAUGAGCCACCUACCCCCUGAAGGAAGCAGUUAUGACAAGGUUCUGGGAUGGGCGCAACUUUUUGUCGAGAGACUGCAUUCUUUUGACACUGCCAUCCAUGUGUUCGCGGGUGAUAGCUACCUCGCCGCUCAGCUUUCGUAUGGCUACUGUGCCAUGCUCCUCGAGCUUGGCAAAGAGAACGCCCCAGCCCUAAUGACCUCCUUUGGAUUCUUCUACAGCACAUCCUCCACGCUUGUGAACCUCCUUGAGCGGACCGAGUUGUUCUCUGUCUCGCAGGAAAUCAAGGAGCAAUUGAUCCUGGCCUUGGCUGACUUGGUGACUUUGGUCGCGAGCGUGUCAACCCACUUCCACAAGGCGAUCCGGAAAUUGACCACUGCAUCUAUUUCCGUAAAUAUCUAUGACACGUUCCCUGGUCAAAUUCAAGCAUUCCGUGAGCGCUGUGGAAAGAUUGCUGAGUCCAUGUGGAGACACCAGCUUGCGAAGGAGAACAUUGAUACUGACAGAGGUGAAUUCACAUUCUUCUCGGUUGUCCAGUCUGUCAGGUCCUGGCUCGCACCUGAAGAUCACGUUCUCAGCCAUCUCGCUGAAAAUACCUCUCAUUUUGCCCAUGAGCGAGAGGAAUUGACCUGUCUCUGGAUGAGCUCGUACUUGACUCGUUUUUUGAAGAGUUCGGCAACAACUCUCUCUUUCUCUGGAAAGGCGGGUUCUGGAAAAACUGUACUUGCAUCUGUUAUUGUCGACCGUCUGCAAGACCAGAUCGGCGGAGUCACCUAUAAGGCUUUGUUUGUUCCCAUCAACGCGCGGAUUCCAGCGGAGACUACUCCUGCUGCCAUCGCCAAGACUAUCCUCUUCCAGCUCUUUGAGAAGCGUAUUGGAAAUAUCCAGCUCUUACACAUCUUGGGCGAUGCCUACGAGCACAGCCGGAAGACCACCAGUGCCGUUGACUACGACAACAUUCUCUGGAAUGCUCUUGAGCGUGCUUUGGCUGCCGCUCUCAAGGGUGCAAAAGAGUUGGUUAUUGUCGUCGACGGUCUUGAUGAGGCGUCAUGCGGCGAAGCAGCUCUGCUCAAAAGACUUACUGCAACAACUACCAAUUCAACCAAUGUAAAGCUGAUUACUCUUGGAGCCGAGAAACCACCAGCCUCAGAGAAUGUGAUGCACGUUUCGGUCAAUGAGGAUCGGAUUGCUGAGGAUGUUUCCACGGUUGUGCGAAGCAAUCUUAUCCACAGCCGUAGCUUCCUGGAAAUGUCAGAGUUGAACCAGGAAACCAUCGUGGAUCGGAUAUCUGAAGCAUCUCGUGGCUCCUUCCUCUGGGCCAAGCUUUGUACAAAGCGGGCCCGUCAUGAACACUCCACUGACAGUCUCCAAAAGGCUGUCGAGACCAUUAUCAGCAGCAAGCCGACCAUUGCCGACUUUGUUCUUCAUACUCUCCAGUCUCCUGAAGUCAGCGAGGAUGCUAGGUACAUGUUGCUCUGGCUUGCUACGGCAGAGCGCCCCUUGUUGUUGAAGGAGCUCGUCGCUCUGGCCUCCAUCCAGACUGACAAGUACACAAUCACUGACCGCAAAUUGGAUCCAUUGCACGUCCUAAAGCCCCUGAACUCUCUUGUUUUCCUGCAAGAUGGUCAGGUGUAUCUUCGGCACGGGCUUAUCCGGACUGCGAUCUUGGAUAUCUUCGCCAAGGGCAAGCUCACUCCGGCAAUCAAGGACAAUCACGUCGACUUCGUUACCCGACUUUUUAUCUACAUCAAGACUGCCGUUGCCGAGCACCAUGAGCCCUCUUUGACACCACUAGAUCGACAUGAUACCACUGUGCUGGUGUCAAAGCAUCCUCUCCUUGACUUCGCUGUUCGAUACUGGCCUCUGCAUCUGAAGCAAACUUCAAUCUUUACAACUGGGGGUGAAGCUCCCAUUGUUAAGGAGUUUGGCAAGAUUUUCCCAGUUUCUAUUACGCUCUUGCUGCUGCAGAACGCUCUCUGGCAAAACAUCUCAACGCCAACGCUGUUGACCUAUCAGACCAUUGUCACGAACCUGUGUCGUCAUAUGCUUACCACGAACAAUGUUGUGACUCUCCAGUCCAUUAUCUCCUUGGCUCUUUUGCGUCGCGAUAUCCACGACGUUUCCGAAGCUAUUCCUCUACUUUAUGAGGUUACUACAAUCAGCCAAACACUGCUCACGACACGUCACAUUGUCACGAUGCAGAUGGCUCGUCUGUUCCUCGACUUAACUGUGGAGCAAAUAACCAGCACCAAGUCAGACAUCAUGGCUAAGCGUGAAAUAGUUCUUCUGUUGAUUGUCGAGUGUUACAAGAUCCACUACGGCAAUACCUCUGAGCAGGUGGUCACGGUUCUCAAGACAUUGAUUGAGCAUUACCGCUUGAUCAAAGAGGAGAAAAAGGCCCAAGAAAUUGAAGUGACUAUCCAAUCCUUCACCAGCUCCCAAUACAGCACCGCUGAUGAUGACGCCCACGGCGAUCUUCAUGUUCACCUAAACCGCCAUAAGCAAAAUGGCGAAACUGGCGUCCGUUUUGUCCUGGAUAUCGAGGAGGACGAAGUGCGAUCUGAGUCUUUCGACUUUGGAGCCCUGCUCAAACAAGCUCAAAAGUUUGUCGCUGAAGGCCGUAUUACUGAGGCCGAGCGCACUUACGUUGAAAUCUGGCAGCGGGCUAGCAAGGAGUGCCGGGUGCAGUACUCGGAGCAUUGGGAGCAGAUCAAGCUCAGAAUUGUUGUGGUUUACUCGAAAUUUCUUCAGUCUCAGAAGAGAGAGUAUGAGGCCUCUUCCAUUUUGUCCAGUGUUUGGGAAGAGUACAGACAUACUAGCCUGUCUCUCUCGCAGUCCUCUGCGUCACAUUUUCAGGAAAUUGCCAAAGUCAUGUCGGUCGUGGGACUCUCUGCCGCAGCUUUGAGUAUCUUCAAGCAUUGUGCCCAUUACUACCAGAGUACCAACAGCACUUCCUCCUCGGCUUACUCUGAGAUCCAGAAAAGCAUCACAGUCACCUCGCAGCAAGUGAUGAAACAGGCCAGUUCUUCGUCUUCAGUCGUGUCGGAGUCUACCUUGGAAGAGAUUGUCUUCGAGGCUUCCAGCUCCAUUACCAAGAUUGAUCAGAGCUCGUUUACUGCCACACACACACUGGUUGAGCUGUACAUCUCUCAGCAUCGUUGGAAGGAUGCCACUCGCGUUGUUAAGAAGGUCCUUCAUGGUCUUUGGCCUUCCCUGUUUGCCCCGUCCAUUCAGGAUGUGACGCUUCCGUCCCAGCACGUCGACAAGUGUGUGGACCUUGCUGAGCGCCUCAGCCAGUGCUAUCACUACCGCCAUCGUUUCCCCCGGGAAGAGGGUAUUCGUGUUCGUGUCUACCAUGCUUUCCGCUUUUCUAAGCCUGUAGAUGACAAACUGAGGGAGCGCAUUACGUCGGAGCUGCUCAAGCUCUAUGAACGUUCCUCCCAGCCCGACAUGGGUAUCAACACCCGCCAGGAGAUCUUGGACGACUACAUCAAGCACUACGGUCCCGAGCAUCCCAUUGUCAUCAAGACCUUAUGGACAUUGGCUGAGCUUACACACCCCCGUCCCAUUUCUGUUGAGUACUACCAGCGAAUCAUUCGGGCCUUGAACAAGGACUCGCCCAAGUGCCAACCCGAGGCAAUUGAGCCCCUUGUCAUUGUUGUGACUGAGCUGUGGAACCAAAGUCGGUACUCUGAUGCCGUGCCUUACUAUUCGCUGCUCUUCACUACUUUCCUGGAUGAUGCCAAGAAAAGUCCAAGAUUCCAAAACCAGGCCUUCGUGCUGGAGUUCUUCACCAGGUAUAGUCACUGCCUGCGCAGUGUCCGCACAGAGUUCACCACAUUGCACAAGAUCACUGUCGACUAUCAAUCCAAGGUCAAGACAGUGUUUGGUGUCACUGCUUCAAUCACUAUCAAGGCCACCUUGACCCUCGCCAAGGUUUGCCAAGAGUCCAAGCGCUAUGAGACUGAGGUUAUUACUCUGUACGAAGAUUUGCUCAAGAUCAAGUCUGAUGAGAUUGACUACGAUGAGAUCACCGCCACUCUUGAUGGUAUUUAUGAGGAGCAGACCGCUAUCGCCACUUCCAAGUCAGAGUCGAUCUCUUCCAUCCAGAUUGAACGAGCCUCCAAGAUCUUGAGGAAGCGCAUUACUACCGUUCGCGAGACUCACGGAUGGGCGCACGAAGAAUCUUUGUCCAAACUUCAGGAAAUAGUUUCUUUCCACUCCAAGCACAGUGAAACAGAGUCGGUCAUUCAGGAACUUAAAGAGUCUACUGUGCAGAUCCUUUCGUCGGAGUCAUCUUCCACCAGACUGGUUUCUGCUGCUGCUGUAAUUGCUUCCAGUUACAUUGCAACUAACCAGGUUUCAAAGGCCACUGAGCUGUUGCAGGAGCUCUACCGCCAGGUUAUCAUUAAAGACACUUCCAAUGUGAAGACGUUCAAAUUUGAUCUCUCGUCCAAAGGUCGCCAGAGCCUCAUCUUCUUGGCCCAACUCGAGCACAGCCUUCGCCAGCGCAAUUCGACUAUCACUGAGAUACUCGCUUCCUUGACUACGGAGUAUGUUUAUUUCGAGGAGUUCAGAAGCCAAAUUUCGUCCAAGAGCAACUCCUUCCACACCGUAUCUGUGCAUGCUGCUCGUCUCUACCAUUUCCUGUUGCUCAGUAACCGCCAGGCUGCCGCCACUCGUGUCUUCGAUGACUUUGUUAGCUACUUCCUCGCCAGUGAAGGAAAGCGAAUUAAGUUGACUGAGACGGCUCAAGUGAAGGUCUUCAUUUUGACCAUCCUCGACCACUUCCAUACUCACCAAUCUACCAACUUUAUCCGCUCGAUUGGUAUUGCCAGCAACAGUCGUGUUCUCGAGCUUCUAAUUGAGAAGGACUACGAUCGUGCGUGUGAUCUCGCCAUCGCUUCCUUCCGUUACAUCUCGGCUCACGAUAUUUACCGUACUCCAGCUAUUGUCAAGUUUGUCUUCAAUUUGGGCGUGGUGGUUACUGGUCGCACCAUCUCCCCGCAGCCUGAUGAGGGCGCCCAGAAGAAGCUGCUUGGAGUCUCCACAGUCAUCAUUCAAGAAGUUCUUCGCGUCAUCAGUGAUCUGAAGAUUAACCUGGCUCAGAUCGGCCUGGACUACCUCAACAUCCUGAUCAGCAUCCUUGGUCAGCAAAAGGACUACAAGAACCUUGUCUGGCUUCUUUCCAGCCUCUGGAAUAGCCGCAAUCAACAGAUCAAUUGGACUCCAGCUGUGACCCUGCAGCUGGCCCGUCGCUACAUCCUAGCCCGCUAUCUGGUUGGUGAUGCUUUGAAAGCCGCACGCCUGGCCGAGGACAUUGUGUACAACUGCCGCCGAGUGAACGGUGCUCGCCACUCAAGCACCCUCGAGAUGUCUACUCUUCUCUCACAGCUUUACACCGGCAUCGCGCAACGCUAUCAAUCCGAGAAGGGUGGUCAACACAUGGCGAACAAGUACUACAAGAAGAGCGCCAGUGUGCACGAGAACCUUCUUCGCAUUUUCAUUGACCCAUCAUUGGCCGACGUUGAAGGUGGUCUUGACAGCAGCAUGAGCAUAGAUGGAUCGGUAUACGGGCUUGAAUUGGCCGACAGCACCGUCAAUGGCAAUUUCUCAGACGGCGAGCAUGUCCGCCACCACCUGCAAAUGCUCAAGCUUUCCGUGCAGCGUUUGGGUGACUGGCCUAAGGACUAUAGCGAAUACGACCGCCUGAAUGCUGAACUUUUCUCCACUUUCAAGAAGGAUUUGCAAGGAGUCGAGGGUGUUGAAAAGUGGAACCUGAAGAGCUUUGGCUCCGGCAACGCUGCCAGCAACGAGGAUAAGCUGAACUUGGAGUUCAAGUCCUGGGAACUUGAGGUUGCUCAGGUCGGUGAGGAGAUUGAGGAAGAGCUGUGA